AUGCCUUUUGUCCAAGCAAACAGCCACCGUCUCAACUAUGCAGACUCCCACCCUGGCGGUGCUCCCACCUCAACCGGCCUGACCUUCGUCUUCAUCCACGGCCUAGGCUCCUCGCAAAACUACUACUACCCAGUGAUCCCCCACCUCACUGAAUCCCAUCGCUGCGUCACCAUUGACACAUACGGCGCUGCUCGCUCCGAAUAUACAAAUGCCACAAUUACCAUCCCCAGUAUCGCAGAGGAUGUCAUCGGCGUGCUGGACACGCUGCAGAUUCCCAAGGCCGUUGCCGUCGGCCACUCGAUGGGCGGGCUCGUGGUGACGGAACUGGGCGCUCGCUACCCGGAUCGAAUGCUCGGUCUCGUAGCUAUCGGCCCAACCCAUCCCUCGGAACUACUGGUUUCAGUCAUGGGCAAGAGAUCUGCAACUGUGCUUGAAGCUGGAAUGGAACCAAUGGCCAAUACAAUUCCCUUCGGAGCCGUUGGCUCGCGAAGCACCGCGCUGCAGAAAGCUUUCAUUAGAGAGCUGAUCCUUGGUCAGGACCCGAAGGGCUAUGCCGCGCUGUGUCGGGCAAUUGCUUCUGCCCAGGUGCCGAACUACGCCGCUAUCAAAGCUCCGUUCCUGCUGAUUGCGGGUGAAGAGGAUAAGUCUGCUUCUAUGGAGGGGUGCGAGCACAUUUUUGCAAAUGUCUCAAGUCAGCAGAAAUCUCUGGAGGUGUUGAAGGGAGUCGGUCACUGGCACUGUAUUGAGGCUGGUGAUGAAGUCGGCGCACUGAUUGCCGAUUUUGCGAGUGUGGCUCGCUGA